AUGCAAUGACUAUUACAGUUGGGGUUCUCGCCCUUCAAGGCGCUUUCAUUGAACAUCUGAAGUUGCUCCAGGAAGCCGCGAAGAGAUUGGCAGCAAGUGUACCUCAAUCAUGGAAUUUUGUUGAAGUUCGAACUCCGUCGCAGCUCGAGAGCUGCGAUGCCCUGAUUAUCCCUGGUGGCGAGAGCACUGCCAUUGCACUGGUAGCUGCGCGGUCAAACCUGCUAGAACCGCUGCGGGAAUUUGUUAAAAUUCGCCGAAAGCCAACGUGGGGAACCUGUGCUGGGUUGAUCCUUUUGGCUGAGUCGGCAAAUAGAACGAAGCAAGGAGGCCAGGAACUUAUCGGAGGACUCGAUGUACGUGUGAACAGAAACCAUUUCGGUCGUCAAACGGAGAGUUUCCAGGCUAGCCUUGAUUUGCCCUUCCUGUCUUCUCUGGAUGAUAUCGAGCUGCCGCAACCGUUCCAGGGCGUAUUUAUUCGAGCACCAGUGGUGGAGAAGAUCCUUACCUGCGGCGACUCUAUACAAGCUGAAAAGCAGAGAAAGGACGGGACAGUAAUUGCGCCGUCGCGCCAUCCAGAGAGUCUUGUAGCGCAGGGAGCUAUGAGCGACCAUGUGGAUGUGCUUGCAAAACUCCCUGGAAGAGCGGCCAGAUUGGCGGACCGCGGCGUGGAUGUCACGACUGACUCGGACGCUGGCGAUAUCGUGGCUGUUAGGCAGGGAAACGUGUUUGGUACAAGUUUUCACCCCGAGUUGACAGAAGAUCCGCGAAUCCAUAUGUGGUGGCUUCGGCAAGUGAAGAAUGCUGUGGAACAGACUCGCAUUAUGAAGGCUCAAACCUAACACCGGUUCGUCGAUAGAAUCUUUAAACGGAUAUAGAAUUUUUUUUUUUUUCUUCUCCUGU